CUUUGAAGAUCCUAAUCCAAUAACUUUGCUCAACUGUAGAGGUACUUCGUUAGGCGAACUGCUCUUCGGGAUAGAGCACCGAUCAAAGCUGCUGACAUAGACGAACAACCUUGUCGAACUCUCACACUCCUAAAAUCUUCCUACCAAGAACCCAACAAAUUCAAUCUGAGGUGGUUAGGUGGAGAAAGUGAUAACAUUGAAUUUAGCAAUGAAUAUAAAUGAAGAAACCAAGAACAUAAAUGAGAAAAGUAACUCAGAAGAGGGAGAAGAUACAGGAAAAGAAAUGGUUCCACCUGUUGCAAAUUCAAUUCACAGAUCAAGUUCAAGGCCACAGCUUGAUCUUAGUGGAGCAGCCAUUCAAGGGAAUUUUGAAGAAAGAGAUCCCACCAUUCUUUUGCCUAAUCAAUCUGAUGAUAUAUCACAUUUGGCAUUAGACAUUGGAGGCUCUCUCAUCAAGUUAGUUUAUUUUUCAAGACAUGAGGAUAGAUUAGUCAAUGACAAAAGAAAGAAGUCCAUGAAGGAGAGAUUUGGAGUUAUAAAUGGUAACAGGAGGAGCUUUCCUAUCCUUGGAGGGAGGCUGCAUUUUGUGAAAUUUGAAACAGCUAAAAUUAAUGAAUGUUUAGAUUUCAUCCACUCAAAACAACUUCACAGAGGAGACAACGACAAUGCAGUAAUCAAGGCUACAGGUGGUGGGGCAUACAAGUUUGCUGAUUUAUUCAAAGAAAAACUCGGAGUUAGCAUUGAAAAAGAAGAUGAGAUGGAUUGUCUUGUAGCUGGUGCAAAUUUUUUACUAAAGGCGAUUCGACAUGAAGCCUUCACCCAUAAAGAAGGUCAUAAAGAGUUUGUGCAGAUAGACCAUAAUGAUUUGUAUCCAUAUCUUCUUGUUAAUAUCGGAUCUGGUGUUAGCAUGAUAAAGGUUGAUGGAGAUGGGAAGUUUCAGAGAGUUAGUGGGACCAAUGUAGGUGGUGGGACAUACUGGGGCUUAGGGAGACUGUUGACUAAGUGCAAGAGUUUUGAUGAGCUUUUGGAGUUGAGUCAAAGGGGAGAUAAUAGCUCAGUAGAUAUGCUUGUUGGGGACAUUUAUGGGGGAUUAGAUUACUCAAAGAUUGGACUUUCUGCAUCAACAAUUGCUUCCAGUUUUGGUAAAGCAAUUUCAGAGAACAAGGAGAUUGAAGACUAUAGACCUGAAGACAUUUCUCUCUCUCUUCUCCGAAUGAUUUCUUACAAUAUAGGCCAGAUAUCUUAUUUAACUGCAUUGCAACUUGGAAUUAAACGGAUAUUUUUUGGAGGAUUUUUCAUAAGGGGUCAUGCUUAUACCAUGGACACAAUUUCUUUUGCCAUUCAAUUUUGGUCAAAAGGAGGGGCACAAGCUAUGUUUUUGCGCCAUGAAGGUUUUUUAGGAGCCUUAGGUGCAUUUAUGAGUUAUGAAAAGCAUGGAUUAGAUGAUUUAAUGGUUCAUCAAUUGGUGGAAAGAUUUCCAAUGGGUGCUCCAUAUACUGGAGGAAAGAUCCAUGGGCCUCCACUUGGGGAUUUAAAUGAGAAGAUAUCAUGGAUGGAGAAAUUUGUACGUAAAGGAACUAAAAUAACUGCUCCUGUUCCAAUGGCUUCUCCAAGAACUACUGGUUUAGGUGGAUUUGAAGCUCCAUCAUCAAAAGGAGACACCCUUCGUUCUGAUGAAAGUAAUUUAAAUGUUGGUGUUCUUCAUCUUGUUCCCUCAUUAGAAGUCUUCCCCUUGUUGGCUGAUCCUAAAACCUAUGAACCCAACACUAUUGAUCUUGCAGAACCCAAUGAGCUUCAAUAUUGGUUCACAGUGUUGUCUGAUCAUUUACCAGAUCUUGUUGAUAAGGCAGUGGCAAGUGAAGGUGGAACAGAUGAUGCAAGAAGAAGAGGUGAUGCAUUUGCUCGUGCUUUUUCUGCACAUUUGGCAAGGUUAAUGGAGGAGCCUGCUGCUUAUGGAAAAUUAGGGCUAGCAAAUCUGCUUGAGUUGAGAGAAGAAUGCUUGAGAGAAUUCAACUUUUUUGAUGCAUAUAGCACUAUAAAACAAAGAGAAAACGAGGCAUCACUUGCUGUCUUGCCUGACCUUCUAAUGGAGCUUGAUAGUAUGAGUGAGGAAACAAGAUUACUAACAUUAAUAGAAGGCGUUCUUGCUGCAAACAUAUUUGAUUGGGGAUCUCGUGCUUGUGUUGAUCUUUAUCACAAAGGAACUAUUAUUGAAAUCUAUAGAAUGAGUCGCAAAAAAAUGCAAAGACCUUGGAGGGUGGACAAUUUUGAUGCGUUUAAGGAAAGAAUGGGUUUUGGGGAGAAUAAACCGCCACGUCAUAAACGGGCUUUACUUUUUGUGGACAAUGCGGGCGCGGAUGUUGUUCUGGGCAUGCUUCCAUUGGCCCGUGAACUUUUGCGCCGUGGAACUGAAGUUGUGCUUGUUGCAAAUUCUCUUCCGGCGCUAAACGAUGUAACUGCAAUGGAACUUCCGGAAAUUGUAGCCGAGGCUGCCAAGCACUGUGACAUUCUUCGUGGAGCUGCUGAAGCUGGUGGCCUACUUAUGGAUGCAAUGAUCAGUAUUCAAGAUAGUCCAAGAGAGAAAUCAUCUUCAACUCCAUUAAUGGUGGUUGAAAAUGGCUGUGGGAGUCCAUGCAUUGACUUGAGACAGGUCAGCUCUGACCUAGCUGCUCUUGCCAAAGAUGCUGACCUGGUCAUUUUGGAAGGUAUGGGGCGAUCUUUACAUACCAACUUUAAUGCUCGGUUUGUUUGUGAUGCUCUCAAGCUUGCGAUGGUGAAGAAUCAACGGUUGGCUGAAAAGUUGAUUAAAGGGAACAUAUACGAUUGUGUGUGUAGAUAUGAGCCAGCCAGCUAAUUGAAAAUUCAACUCUUUUGUGUUUCUUUACUUUUUUAUAUUUUUGGGAUAAUUUAUUAAUUAUUAUUUUGGUUUAACACAAUAAUUUUAAAUUAUUUGUAACGUAUCUUAUGUAUUAAAUAAGUAGUAUGAUUAUUGAUUUA